AACAUGUUUCUUCUGAGAUCUUUCUUCUAUUUGUGUGACUUUAAUUCGCUAACAUUAUUGACAUUUUUCUCUUAUGUUCAGGUUCAUUGCUGGUAGGAUUUUACAACUACUGAGGGAUUUUUGUUUUUCCUUACCGUUCACAUGAAAAUUUCAUGAACUUAAACAAAUUCGGUUGGGAAUUUGACUUUAUUGCCAGACUUUAUUUCUAAGAGAUAGACUUCCAGCUGAACCCUCAUCUCUCAACACUGGCAAAUAUUCAUAAGAUCUACCACACCCUUAAUAAGCUAAAUCUAACAGAAGACGUUGGCCAAGACGAUCACCCAACAGGAAGCCUGCGCUCGUGCAGCUCUUCAGACUGCUUUAGUAAAGUGAUGCCGCCGAGGAAAAAGAGAAGACCCGCGUCUGGAGAUGACUUAUCCGCCAAGAAAAGUAGACACGAUGGCAUGUAUAGGAAAUAUGAUUCAACCAGAAUAAAGACGGAAGAAGAAGCCUUUUCAAGUAAGAGAUGCUUAGAGUGGUUCUACGAAUAUGCAGGUACUGAUGAUGUCGUAGGCCCUGAAGGCAUGGAGAAAUUCUGUGAAGACAUUGGUGUCGAACCAGAAAAUGUAGUUAUGCUUGUCCUAGCUUGGAAAUUGGAUGCACAAAACAUGGGUUAUUUCACUCUGCAGGAAUGGUUGAAAGGAAUGACUUCUCUACAAUGUGAUACAACAGAAAAACUCAGAAAUACUUUGGAAUACUUAAGAUCAUUAUUAAAUGAUUCUACAAACUUUAAACUUAUUUACAGAUAUGCAUUUGACUUUGCACGGGAAAAGGACCAGCGCAGCCUAGACAUAAACACUGCCAAGUGCAUGUUGGGACUGUUAUUAGGAAAAAUCUGGCCCCUUUUUCCAGUUUUUCACCAAUUCUUAGAGCAAUCAAAAUAUAAAGUUAUUAACAAAGACCAGUGGUGCAAUGUGCUAGAGUUUAGCAGGACAAUUAACCUUGACCUCAGCAACUACGACGAAGACGGAGCGUGGCCAGUUUUGUUGGACGAGUUUGUGGAGUGGUAUAAAGACAAACAGAUGUCCUAGGACUUUAUGCAUAGCAGCGAGAGAGUCACUGUUACCACAGAUCUGUCAACCAUUAGCCAUAAAUUGCUGUUUGUAUCCAAGCGCAUGCUGCUUUUCUUGCACUGUCUCCCGUUUGCAGGGAUGUUUUGGUGUUUGCUAUUGAACGGGCCGGCUCUGCUUGCUGUGUAGCCUCGUCCUCUUGGCAGGCUGCUUUGCAGUUUGUACCUAACACUACAGAUUGGUGACUUGGCCAGCGCCCUCACUGUGAUGAUGUGUAUAUUGCUGUUUAAAUUUUGUAUAUGUGUAUAAAAAGACAAAGCUUCACCUAGAGAUUAUUUCUGCAAAACUGUAUUGUAAAAAUAAUUUUUGUGGCAUAUUUCUAGUCCCUUUUUUCAAACGAACCAGUUAUACUCUAUUUGGUCUCCAGUGUAGCAUUUCAGAACACAAGAGAGAACAACCUUUACCAUAAGCGAAUGUUGCCAGAAUUAACCUCAUCGUUUAAGAGGCCAACUAGUGGAAAGAGGUGCGAGUCAGACCUUCUCAGAGGCACACGCCAAAUAUAAUUUGGUUUACUUCAAUGUGAGUGUUUUUAAAUGAUGGAAGGAACAAUUAUUUGAACAUCUCGACACGUACCAUGCCACAGAUGCUUUCCACCAUGCAGAGUGUAGGUUUUUAUUCUCUGAUGUUAGGCCGUAGUAGUUUGAAUAUUGGUACAAAUGAACAAAUUAAAAUUGCACCUUUUUUAAAUGAGUUUGAAACUCUUGUAAACUUCCUUUGCUGUUUUUGUUUUGGGUUUGUUUUUGUUUUUGUUUUUGUUUUCUCUUUUGCCUUCUCCUUGUCAGUGUUGGGUCUCCCGAUGCUUCCCGUGCCAUUCUAGGUAACAUUGAUUUUGCCUGCUCCGUGGAAACCUGAUGGUUUGCUGGCAGUUUGUAACCACAAAGCACCUUUAGUUGUGGUUUAGAUUUUUAGUUAAGCUUUCAUGGUGUCUAAUUUUCUAGUUUUUUUGGAAAAAGAACUAUACUAUAAGUGAGAGGUGUUUUGUUUCAUUUUCUUUCAUGCUAGGCUUUUCCUGGCAGAAUGUCCAUUGCAGGCAAUGGACACGAAACCACCAGCAUUGAGCUCAUUUUAUCACACAGUAGGACCUUUCCUAGAGGGGCCACUCGUCAUUCAUUACCCGAGUAGUUUGUACAGAAAGGUGAUAGCCAUUAUUUAUGUGGAUGAGGAAACGAGAGUAAACAGGACGGUAUUUUUAGGUUUGUAUUUUAUGUCUUUUUUUUUUUCUCUUUUUUUUUUUUUUCCUUGCCUUACCCUUCUUGAGGAAAUGUAUAGAUAACCUGUUUCCCCCUCAACUAUCUGGUGCUAUUGAAUGACUAAUUUAGUCCCUAAAGUUUUGUGAAAACAUAAAAGUCUAAUGAUUUAAACCGAUAAAAAGCUAAUGGUGCAUUCGGACAGGUGCAUGCAGUAGGUAUGAGCAAGAUCCGUGAUGGGAUAAUGAUUGGAAGAGGUUCGGGUUAUCACAAAAUCUGGCCAAAAAAAAUCUCUUGGACUAAAUGUGAACCUUUAAAUGGCAUUAAAUGAGCAAAAGCACACAGACAAUGCUACUCCUGACCACUAUGUCACAGUUUCUUUGCAAACAGUGUUUGGAUUUUCAUAUUAUUUUCUCCCUAACUGAACCACCAAAGACAGAAAUUUUGUAUGUAUAUACGGUGUGUGUGCAUAUACAAAAUCAUGAUGCGGUAGAAUGAAAUCACUCCCUUUUUCUACCAAAAAGAAAGGUUUGGUUUGCUGUGAAAUAAACCAGAAGUGUGAAAAACUCUGUAAUGAUUAAGCAGACUUCAUCAUUCCUUGCUUAGGAAUGGUAGACUCGCCUCUCUACCUUACAACCUCAUACCAGUUUGCACAAGUUAAUAACCGAAGAGAAGAGAAGGUGUUGAUGCAAGCACAGCCCUCGGGACCGAUCUGUUCCAUCCCAGCAGGUGCCUGGUGUUCCAGGGGUGAUGGGCCAGAGGCAGGUGUGAAUUUGUGAAGAACUUGAUUCAUUUUCAGAAGUAUCCCUCAAAGUUAAAAAAAAAAAAAAAAUCACACUUUAAAGGCAAUAGUUCUUAGAUUCGAUCCGCUCUAGUUUUGUUCAAACAAGUAGAAAUCAUAGAUGAAAUUAUUUUCAGAGUUACGGUUAGUACUGGAGAAUGUUUGGGAACACUAAGCACAGUUAAUCCUAACAUAAGAGGAUGGUUACGGGGAGAUGUUCCAUUUCAGCCACUGUGAACAUUUUGAUCAGUGGGGAAGAAACCCAAGGGAAAACUAUUCGUGAUCUGGAAUAUGGAAAGUAAGUAUCCCCAAGCAGUGACCAUCUCGUACAUUUAGAAGACUCCAGAUAGUUUUCGAGCUCCCUUGAAAAGGAAGCCUCUGUGCCUGUGGACUGCUUGCCCUUGGCUCUUGAUUUUAUGCAGUUAUUUUUAGGGAGACGAAAAGGGGCCAAACGAGUAACAAGAUGCUUUUCUUUUUAAAAAAUGUCCCUAAGUUACAUAAAAUUGAGCAGUCAUCAGACACUUACUUACUGGCUAAUGUUCAAGAAAUUAGGGUGCCUUCUUCUGGUUUUUCUUUCUUACCUGUCUACACCCUUUCUCUCUUCCCACGGUGUCUUGAACUACACAUUGCAAUACUCUGUCGUCAUGAUAAAACUUUGCGGUGUUUACUGGUAGGUCAGAAAUUUCACGAUUGGAUUUGCCAUAAACACCCACUGUAAUGUUACAUGCAGCCUUUUCAAAGCAUGAACUCUGAAUUAAAAAGUUUUUACAAAUCCAACUAGACAAGCCUCUAACCUUCUCCUUUAACAACACACAUCUGUUGCCUCUCCGUCUCCAUUUUAACAGUGCUUUUGAAGUUUAUACGGAAAGCUUUCCGAGUUAGUGUGUGCCCUUGGUUUUUAUUCUUACGACUGCUAAAAUACCUCUGUAAGCCUUAUCUUUUAUUCUUUCAUAUGUUGUAUAAUAAAUGUAUAAAAUUCAUUGACCAACUAAGUGUUGGGUGUCUGUAAAUGAGACCAAAACGUGGGUUGCUUUUCAUCCUAAGGCCUUUCCCUGGGGGGUUACUGUUAAACGGACGGCAGCCAGCCUGUAACUGUGAACGCUUCGUGUCGUCAGUAUCUGCAUUCCGCCCAUAGACGUGUGCAAGUUCUGUGACUCCAGCUUAACUGAAACCCUGUUCUGCCACCUAACUUGAGUACAGCAAACUGGUUUUAGGUUUUAAUGGAAUUGAUGUAAAAUGAUAUCCCAUAAAUAAAAAGUAUUUGUGUUUGGUUUCAGAA